ACCAGUCAGAAUAAGCUCCAGGCUAAUUAACAGUAUCCCAACUAAAUUAAACCCCCUAAAAACGUCAUAAGAUCAUGAAAAACAUUUGCUUAGGACAACUGCAGUCACGACAGGAUAAUCCGGUUAAUCGAGAGUAGUUAUUCCUGGCAGGCGGCGAGAAAACAAACAAACACAACACAAAAUCUCGUAUCUACUCGACCGUAGGCAGGCAACAAAAAUAAACGCUAGAAAACUGCAAUCAGAAGAAGAGCAACUGCAGCAGAGAGAAGAGGAGUGCGGUGACCAUCCCGUCGAAUGAUGUUAGACAUUAAGAAGACUAGAGGAUUCCACAAGAUUCCACAGGCAUCAAAAUUGCAGACAGCAGCGGGAACAACCUCAUCAGUAGUAGCAACAUUAGAAGCCAGUGCAGCAGAAGUGCCAUCACCAGGCGGAUCGGCAGGAGCAGCAUCUUCAUUGUCGGGGCGGGGAACUGGCAGUCUUGCCACUCGUCUGAAAAACCCAGUGCACGGCAAGCACUCGACAGUUCCUGAGGCUCCUGUGGCUGUUGGCAAGACCCACGCCGCCCUGGCGGCAGCCAAAUACGGCAGAGGCGGCGUAGUACCAACACAGGUCCGCUCCACGCCGGCGUCCACGCCGAGCAGCCAGUCCAACCCGGUGCGGACUGCCAAUCAGCGGUAUUUCCUAGUAUCCAGCUACAAGGAUCCCACAUUCCUCAAGGCCGAGUGCGAGUUGGCCCACGCCCAGGUGGCAGCCAGCAAGGUGAAACCCAGUUCGCAGUCACACAAGCGGAGUCGAGCAGGUGAGGACUCAAGGAACAAUAACCACAACGGCAGCCGAGCACCAACGCUGGUGGAUAUGCGACGCACGUCCAUGUUCAAUGGCAAUCAGCAACCAACCACCAUCGGCAGCAGCACCACCAUCAACAACACCACCAGCAACGGUGUUCUCAAGUACAGUGCCCGCUCUACGACAGCAACACCGGCUUCCACGUCGACCAGGAGCUACGGCAAGCUGAAACCGCUUAACAACAACCAAUCAACCGCCGGAUCAGCUAUGAUGAAUGGCCUCAACACGAACAACAACAACACCAGCAACCUUAACAACGGCGGCAAUAACAACAUGCAACGCCAGCAAGAGCAGCAAGACGACAUUAGCUACAUAGACAGCGAUGAUCCGCCGGCCACUAGAGGUCCCGAAGGCGGGGAAUCGACCGCCAAGGCGAGCAUAUGCUACUUCAAGCCCAUCACUCCGCCCCUGCAGCUGCGUCACCAGCAGAAUCAGGUGCAGCAGCAGGAGCAACAUCAGCCACCUACCAGUUCGAAGUCGGCCAGCCAUCGCUAUCCGCGGCCCAAGUCCACCAUCAUAGCAUCGGGGCACUCGAAUUUCGCAGCCAGCUACGAGAAGUUUAGUGGUGCUCUCUAUAAGCAAACCAAUGGCGAGGCGAGCCCGGAGAGCAGGUACAGCAGCAAUGCUAGGCGGUAUGGCAUAGAUUCCUUGAGCAUCAAGGCCUCCAUAGAGAAGUUCAACAACCUCAGUGGACAGAAGAGGCUUACUCCGAGCUCUGGAGCUGGCUUGGGAUCUGGCAGUGUGGCAGAAGUGUGUUUAGGGGUCAGAGCCGGGACUAGUCGAAGCAGCCACCCAUCGCAGGCGGGCGGGAGUAGCGGCAACCUGCAGCAGCGCUACAGCAGCGACCUGGACAACAUCCGAGUGGCUGCUGGCUACAGUAGUUCCCUGACCAGAGCAGCCUAUCGCACCACAGGCACGGUGAAUAAUGUCAGCGCGCCCGCGGCGGCAUCAGCUGGCUUGAACGACCCUGUUGGCAAGGGAGGAGGAGCCGCCACGGCUUCGGUUUCGCCCAUUAACAAGGUCACUGUGAGGGGAGCUCACAGCAGCCGGCAAACGAACGAGUGCGAGAGCCUAGCUAUAAGCACCAAGGUAAACAACGAUGCAACGCCGGCACCAACACCCAAUGUUGUCGGCGCAACAGUAACAUCCACACCAGCCACGUCUUCCGUCUCCACAGCCACAGCCACAGCCACAGCCCAAAGCUCCACCAACGAUAGUACGGCGGCAAGGAGCGGCGUUGGAAGCAGCAGCAGUGCCCGGAGCGUGCUGCCUCCCAUGACACCCACGUCGAGUCGGUACUGGGAUCGGGAUCGGGACAGCGGCACUAGUCGCAAUGGCGUAAGCAGCUCCUCCGCCCUCAACUCGUCAUCACUGAAGCACAAUUCGGACGAUGGCUACAAGAGCGCCACGUCGUCUCGCGAUGAGAAGUCCGAAGGUCUGUGCGGUUUGCGAAACAUCGGGAACACUUGCUUCAUGAACUCUGUUAUCCAGUGCCUGAGCCACACCCAGGAGCUGACUCGCUUCUUGCGGUCGCACCAUGGCUCCCGCUCGUCCUCCACCAAGGAUCAGCAGAUACUCCACGAAUUUGCCAAACUUAUCCAGGAGAUGUGGACGUCGAAUGUGCACACUGUGACGCCUAUGGAACUGAAGCGGGCCUUCUCCACCAAGCACCGCAUGUACAGCGACUACAACCAGCAGGACGCGCAGGAGUUCCUGCGCUUCUUCCUCGACUCGCUGCACUCGGCCCUGAACACGGGCGUCAAGGGGGAGACGCUCAGCAUUGACGAUAACCUCAGUGACAAUAAGAAAGCGGACCUGACCUGGGAGUGGUAUUCGCGGCACGAGAACUCGCUGGUGCGCGAUCUUUUUGUUGGCCAACUCAAAAGCACCCUGAAAUGCACCACCUGCGGCAACACCAGCGUUACUUUCGAUCCGUUCUGGGAUCUGAGCGUGCCGCUGCCGUCUUCUUCGCGCUGCAAACUGGAGGCUUGCCUGGACCUCUUCAUCCGGGAGGAGGUCCUCGACGGCGACGAGAUGCCAACGUGCUCCAAGUGCAAGACACGGAGGAAAUGCACCAAGAGCUUCACCAUCCAGCGUUUUCCGAAAUACCUGGUUAUACACCUGAAGCGCUUUUCGGAGACGCGCUGGAGCAAACUGUCAAACAUUGUUGAGUUCCCCACAUCGGAGGGCGAGCUGAACAUGGGCUCCUACGGCGCCAACUCCAACUCGAAUGUGCAUUACACGCUUUAUGCGAUAUCCAAUCAUAUGGGCUCAACUGCCGGCGGGCAUUAUGUGGCCCUCUGCAAGCAUCCCGUAUCCCGCAAGUGGCACGAGUUUAAUGAUAAUAUCGUCAGCGAUGCCUUGUCCGAAAACCAUCUCGUUUCAUCCAGUGCCUAUAUUCUUUUCUACGAGCGUGCGUAAUACCCAAUCCGUGCUUUGCGGCAACCGGCAGGUGCAGUGUGGAUGACAAUGGGGUUCCUGAUGUCCCGGCGCACUCCUCAGAUCGGGAUGGAAACCAGACGACUAUGGCAGCGGGACGAGAGCGAAAGGGGAACGGAUAACCAACAAACGAACUCUUAGAAACGCUUCGUAGAAUUGCAUACAAACAAACUUACUUAAUUUAACUCAACUUAAAGCAAAACAGAACUAACACUACUUAAAGCAGAAACCAAAAGAAAGAAGGGGUUACCGGAACAUAAGUGCAUACAAAACGAGAAUCAAUGUACAUAUAAAAACGAACUUCGACGGCUUAACUUACAAGUAAAAACCAAUAAUAAAACUCCUACGAAACAUAAUGAAUCUGUGCAAUAACAACUUCGGCAAACCAAAGCCCCGGGAUGAGGUCAGGAGAACUAAUAUAGAAAUGUAACCUUCAACUUGCAUCGGCCUUUCUCCCUCUCGCCUGUCGCUCUAUCUCAGUCUUUCUCACUCUACGUGGUUUGCCGAAGGGAAUGUUCUGUGGUUGUGUGUAAAAAACAAACAAAUGAAAAGUGGGAAAAGAAAACCAAUUUAAUACCUAAAGUUCGUCAUGUGCAAUAUUUUUCAUAAAAAGAAAACCAUAACUGCAACAAACUCUUUCACUAAAGACGAUUAAACCAAACAACGCAAUCGCACCACAAAUCACACUAGCUGAAAGAAAUGGCUUUUUAAAACUAAAAUAAUAUUAAUUAGCUGGUAAAUGAACAACAAUCGAAUGGGGGCGAGAAGUAAGCUGAAAUGUGCAUUGUGAAAACGUACUUAUGAUAAAUGCUAGUAGUAAAUGUAAAAUGAGGCGAUCAGCAGCUACAACACCAACAAAAUUGUUAUACUUUAGCCAAGACACCAACAAACCAUCCAGCCCAUGUGAAAAGGGAUGUUCCCAAGGGCCAAAAGACCUACAAAGUUUGUUUCAGAUCUAUAUCACUUUUGUGUUUUUUUUGUUAGGCUUGGGAAAGCAACCAAACUAGUCUUAAAACGAACGCGUUGAACAUGAGGGUUACUGAACAAAGCACUGUUUUGUUUCUUUGAUUUUGUAGUUUAAGUCUAGCGUUUCCAUCACCUCAGCAAACCCUUUUAGACUUGCUGCAUAUUAUUUGUUGCUUACUCUGUCUUUAUACCUACAUAUAUUAUAUAACUGAUUUAUUUAUUGUAUUUAUGUAAAUUAUGAAAACACCGACACCCCCACACCCACUCUGCAAAACAGGCUGUAUUCAUUAUGUACGUAGCUUGUUCCGGGCAUGUGCAAGGGCAGCUACAGAAAAACUAAAGCCACACAUACACUGCACCUAAAUUUCAGACGAGAGAUAAUAAACAAACAAGACACCUUAUUUAUUUUUUUGUAAAAAUCAACUUUAAUUAUUUGUUGCUUAACUAUUAGUUUCAAUUAUAAUUGUUGAAUAUUUUACUAACGUUAAAGAAAACAAAAAUAAAAAUCCCCAAGAGAAAAACGGAGAAAUAAAUGAAAAAUAAAAGAGAAAACAUA